AUGGAUGAGCCAAAGUCGCACCAACGGGACGUUACCCGCAGCCGAUUUGGCGACAACGCUAGGAUUAACAUGGGCGAUGUCCAUUACCACCUGCCCCAUCGAUCCACCCGAUCUGCGGUCCGCGUUAUUCCCUAUCCCUGCAACGAGGAUGUGGUCCCUCGACGGGACCUCAUCGACAGGCUAGAUGCUAUUUUACCGCAUACGUCGGGAUCUCACAGCGCUGCGCUCUGGGGCCUGGGAGGAUCAGGCAAAACACAGAUCGCGCUCGACUACGCGUAUCGACGAUGCGAUGCCGACGACGGGUGCUGCGUCUUCUGGGUGCACGCCGACAGCGAAGCGACAUUUAUAGCCGAUUACAAGACGAUUGGCAGGAAGCUCGGGGUCGAUAAGCGGCUCGACAGGUCGGACCUACUAGAUGCGGUGCGUAGUGCAAUCGAAGGCCAACAGAAAUGGCUGAUGAUCUUCGAUAACGCCGACGACCUGCGCAUGUUCAGGACGGAUAAGAAAAUAAGGGAGGGAGAGGCGAGCGACAACCUGUACAAGUUCGUUCCUCAGGCGUCGACUGGGACAACACUAUGG